UGACUUGGACCAAAUGGGGUCCUCAACUUCAAAACAAACAAAAUGUCGGCGCACAUCAGAUGGGGACUUCAACGGUUAUUACGGGCCCGAAACAAAGCUCUCUUCAGGCUACCAGAUCGUUCACAGACCACAGUAUUAAGCUUCAGGGGAGUUCAGAGUCAGCCAGGGACAGGAACUACAUACUUCUCAGCGAGGAACCUGUCCAUCCAGACUCAAGAAACUCCAAACCCAAAAAGCUUGAAAUUCCUCCCAGGGAAGCCUGUGCUUGGAAGCGGUACGCAGGACUUUCCUUCUCCGAGCUCAGCUGGAUCUUCAUCUUUAGCCAGGGACCUGUUUGAAAUUGAGGGAGUGAAAAGUGUGUUCUUUGGCCCUGACUUCAUUACUGUCACUAAAACGGACGAGGAUGUGGAGUGGACGGACAUUAAGCGGCAUGUUUUAGAUGCUAUUUCCAAGUUCUUUGAGAGUGGGGACCCAAUAUCAACAGGAGCCGUGCACCGUGAAAGCACUCUUUCUGAAGAUGAUGAUGAUAUUGUAUCUAUGAUAAAGGAGCUUCUGGACACCAGAAUUAGACCUACAGUGCAAGAGGAUGGAGGCGACGUCAUCUAUAAAGGCUUUGAGAACGGCACUGUAAAGUUAAAGCUGGUUGGAUCCUGCACAGGAUGUCCCAGCUCGACGGUUACUCUGAAAAACGGAAUUCAGAACAUGCUGCAGUUCUAUAUACCAGAAGUGGACAACGUGGAGCAGGUGGAAGACGAAGUGGAUGAAAUUAAUUCAAAGGUUUUUGAAGAAGUGGAGCGUAAGCUACAAGAAUAAGAACGUCAGCGACAAACAACUUGCUUAUGAAUUCUGUCAGAAGAGAAAUAUCUGUAAACAUGUGAGAAAACAGUAUUUCUGUUGUUGCUCAUACUGAAUGAAAAACAUGCAGAGAGAAAAUUAUUUCCAGAGUUUCUUUUGCCUCUGAACUAAAUAUUCUUACUGUAAUUUGCAUUAAUAUACUUUAUGCCCCUGUUCCUAAACAAAGAUGACAUACUGUAUACAGAAAAUGUUGUUUUUGUUGCUAUAGAAAAGUUUUUUUUCUGAUUGUUGUAAAUGUAGUGUUGUAUUUAUUUCUUAUAAAUAUUGUACAUUAAGAAAGAAUAUUUUGCUAAGAUGAUGAUGAUGAUUUUGUGAAAGUUGAUGACAGUGGUUUAUUUCCUCCAGGAAAAUUAGCCAGUUAUUUGCAUUUGCUCCUGCUUCAAACAUUAUAAAAGAAGGUUAAACUUAGGAAAUUAUUACAUUAUUUAAAUAAAUGAAUGGAGAAAAAUGAUUAGAUUAUCUAUUGUGUGAUAGUCGGUUUAUCAUAUGAAACCCCAAAGGUUAUUAAUAUGCAUUGUGUUUCACUUUGUAAUUUUACUAUAUCACAUUAAAAUUUACUUUGACUGUU